AUGGCACCACAACCGAAAACCAUUGCAGCAUACGUUGCAGCCGUGGUUCUAAGACUCUCGAUAUUUUAUUUCUUUCCGAACAUAAUAUCCGUCUUGAUUGACAGAGUCGAGAUUUCAACACCCAUAUCUAGCUACAAGCGAUUACUGGAAGGCCUGUUUUUGUUUGAAAGAGGAGUCUCGCCCUACGAUGGCGGUGUCUUUCAUCAGGCUCCCCUUCUGCUGGUCAUCUUCGAGAUCCUGCCACCAGCAGCCAUAUUUACACUUCUCGAUGUGCUCAACGCACACAAUUUGACCGUAAUUGCCAACAAGCUCAGGUUACCGACACCUCGCUUUCAAAAGCUCGAUGAGACGCAGAUCGCCACUGCGUACCUGUUCAAUCCUUUCACUAUACUGUCAUGUCUGGGCUCGUCUACGACAUUGGUCACUAAUGCUGCAGUCAUUCAGGCAGUGGCCAGCGCUGCAGCAGGAAAUGCAUUCGGUGCAAUGUUCGCCAUUGCACUAGGUACAUACCUGUCUCUUUACCCAGCUCUAUUAUUACCUCCGCUCAUCUUAUACUGGGCACAGUCGAAGGCAGCCAAGCUAGAAAGGAAAAACACCCUUUCCUUACUGAGCUUGUACGCCGGUAUGAUUGCGAUCCUUCUUCUAGUCUCGACACUACUUGUUGGUGACCUGAAGAACUUCAUAUCUUCAUGUUAUGGAGCGCAGAUUAGUGUUACCGAUCUCACUCCCAACAUCGGCUUGUGGUGGUAUUUCUUCAUUGAGAUCUUCGAUGCUUUUCGAAGCUUUUUCAUCGGUGUCUUUUGGAUUCACCUGGUCGGAUAUGUUGGAGCAUUGACCGUUCGAUUACCCGAGCAGCCACUCUUUGUUAUCAUUGCUCUUCUUGGCUUGGUCACAAUCUUCAAACCAUACCCCAGCACUUCAGAUGUCUCCUUGUAUCUUGGAGUGUUGCCGUUGUACAAGCACGUCAUGCCACUAACACGUUAUACCUUCUUGGCUGCCUCGGUCCUGCUAUACUCGUCUCUUCUUGGCCCAGCAUUUUACCAGAUCUGGAUAUAUGCCGGAUCUGGCAAUGCCAAUUUUUUCUAUGCUAUCACACUGGUAUGGAGUUUGGGACUUAGUAUGCUGGUUGGAGAUAGCUUGUUUGCUGUCCUUAGGGAUGAGUGGGAAAUGUUACGCCCUGAGAUGAGGGGCAAAGAGGUGAGACAGAUAUGA